AUGCAGGAGGGCAGGACCGUGUCGCCUUUAGGACCGGUCGUCCUACCGAGAGAGGAAGCCGAUAUGCGUGCCGGCCUGUCGCUACCGCCUCAAGAAAGGAGGCACGUGUUGCUCCACGUACGCGCCAGCGAGCCUUUCGUACGCUACGAGAACGUGCGACAUUCGCCGUCGACCUCGCCGAUCUUGCGGCCGAUCGACAAGGAGCCCGCGUUCCACGAGAUGGACGUCAACAGGGAGAAGAGAAUGGACACGGAGGUCGAGGAGGAGGAGGAGCAGGACGAGGAGGAGGACGAGGAUCCCGAACGGAACCCGGUGUCCAGAAGGAACAUCGUCGAGGACGAAGAGGACGACGACGAGCAGGAGGACGACGAGGAGGAACUGCACCCCGGAAGUCGGAACGGAAAUUAUCAGGAGGACGAGGACGUCGAGGUGGACGUAUGCCGAGACGAGGUCGACGAAAGCAACCCCAGUAGCCCCGUGGACUUGACCGCCCCCUCGUCCAGGGGUAGCGCGAGCGACCAGUUCCUUAACCCCUUCGCGAAUCGCGGCGUGCAUUUCUCCUGUGUUCAGAGCGGUGGCCAAACGACUGGCCACGGGACUCCUGUCACCGUGCAGGCGAACAAACGGUGUCUGGCGUUCUCCGUCGAGAACAUACUCGACCCUAACAAGUUCACCGGCGGACGUGUCAUACACAGUCGGGUUCAGCAUCGACGUCAUCGGAGGAACGACAGCGUGCACGAAGACGGGGACUCGCGGGGCGAGUUCGCCUGCGGCAGCGGCCAGGAGGACGAGGAGGGCACACCGGACACGGGGAUGGAGGACAUGGACGAGGAGCCGGAGGAGGACGAAGAGGACGAGGACGUAGAGAUGAGGGUGACCGAGGACUCCUCGAACGCGGUCCGAGACGGAAACACGGCGGCUUCCAGCAACGUGGGUUCGUCGAACUGCAAGAAGAGGCAGUCCUCUUCGUCCUCGUCGUCGUCGAGCAGCGUGCAGGCGCAGGGCUGCCAGGGGCAGAACCAGGGCGGUCAGAACGGCACCGGGAGCGGGAGCACCGGGGGCAAGCCUAGGAGGGCCAGAACAGCGUUCACGUAUGAGCAACUGGUAGCUCUGGAGAACAAAUUCAAGACCACGAGAUACCUGUCCGUCUGCGAGCGCCUGAACCUGGCGCUGUCGCUGUCGCUGACGGAGACCCAGGUGAAGAUCUGGUUCCAGAACCGGCGAACCAAGUGGAAGAAGCAGAACCCCGGGCUGGACGUGAACAGCCCUACGGUGCCCACCACGCCGCCGCAUCCCCCGCCUUACGCCCCGGCCUUCCUCUUCGCCACGCAUCCUCAUCAACAUCCGCUGCCGCACUCGCAUACCCAUCCGCAUCCGCACGCCCACGUCCAUCAUCCGCCACCCGUGCCGCCGCCACCACCUGGCUAUUAUCACCCGGCCGCGCCACCUUAUCCUCCCACAGGAGCGACGUUCUUCGGUCAUCACCUAACAGCCACCCCGGCAACGGCCGCCGGUCCACCGCCUACCUCCACGCCAUCCUCCACGGGCCUGGCACUCUCCUCGCAUCCACACCCGCACACGCACCCGCACGCGUAGCGAACUCGACGGUCUUCGUCGCCUUCGUAAUCGUCGGAGAGCUGGCUGACUCGACGAGGAGGGACUUAGGGAAUGUGGACUCGGCUGAGAUACAGCGGCUGGCAGGAAUGUAGGGAUUUGAUGAACUGCGAGAUCGGUGGAUGGACUCUUCGGUUGUCCAUCGAUUAAGUGAGCUGUCGGGAACGAAGAAUUUGUAUUUGUUACUUGCUUCGAGAUAUUGGACUUGUAUGUUGUAUGGUUUAUGGAGUUUGGUUUAGAUAGACACAUUAACGGACGUUUGCAUUGGGCAAAGUUAUCUUUGUUUAUCCUUCAUGUUCGAAUAUCUGGAUUGUUCAAAAUGGCUGUCUAUUCACUCCCACAUGAGCAAUGUUCCUUACAGUACAAGCAUUUUCAACAAGAACGAAUUAUUUCCAAUCAGAUACUCGCAUGUCCAAAUCAAGAUGUGUAUGCAAGUAUUCCUUUGUUUAUUAAAGCUCAUCUAGUGUGAGGUGUAGUAGAUAUCACAGCCAUUGUAGAUAAAAUGUCACACCAAUUAUUAUGUACCUCUUAAUCUUUGCUCUGAACAGAGACGUAAGUUCAUCAUGAUUAAAUAUUAUAAAAUUUGCUGUUACAUGUGGAGGAUUGUACCGAAAAAUUUGCCGAUGUGAACGUCCUCCUGCAAAUCAAUGAAUGUUAUAUUAUGUGAACGAUGGUCGAAGGCGCUCGUCGGUUGUUUCUGCUCGAUGUCAGCUCGUCGCCGCACGUGGGGCGCUCCCGAUAGGGUAAUCGGUUUACGCGGGGUGACGCGCAGAAAACGAGCGUAUCUCUUCGAGGAUAUUGUCGAGGCAUUUAAAUUUCGUUCCCGACCGAGCGGGCAGGGGGAUUUGGAUCCAUCGUCCAAGCGGAAAGAUAAAUACCCGGUGAUACUAAAGCGAAGAAUAACAGCUCGAUCCUCGCGCGUAAACCUCGGAUAUGAUUAAAAAAAAAGAAUUUAACCCGACGGCGAGAAAGACGGAGAAUACCUUCUCGUCGAAUAGCCAUUGUAACAUAUUCCGUUGGUCGCCACGAAAUGGGAGUCGAAGUAGAUUUUAUCGGGGAAACGCUCGUAGCUGUAAGGUGUGCGUGAGAAUCAAAAUGAUAAGGUGAUAAAGGACGCGUCGGCUGCGCGCGUCGCCGGUGUGCGUGAGCGAGAUACAAAAAGAUUUAGUGAGCAAUUUUUUGUGCUGAAACGCAAAAACUGAACCACGUUCGGAACGCAGUUCAACGUUCCUGUGUAAA